AAAUCGAAAUGAUCAAGAUGAAAAAAAAAGUUUGCUAAAACUCAACAACAACAACUAAAUGGCUAUAUAUAAGCAUGUGUUUAAAAAUUCGUGAUUAUUGGUUGUCUGUUUUUUUUUCAUAUUUGCUUGUGUGUGUGUGUGUGUGUGUGUGUGUGUCCGUCGUGUGUGCGUGUUGUUUACAACAUCGAUCGUGUAUAUAUAUUGAAUUUUCGAAUUUUUUUUCCGUUUCGAAUAAUUCCUAAAAUAAUUCCAGAUUUUUUUUUUCAUUGUCCAUUCAAUCAUAUCCAUUAUUAUUAUCAUUUAUUCAUUAUGAUAAUGACAAUAGCUUUAUCAUUUACAACAAAAAAUAUAUCAAUAUUAUCGUCAUCAAGAAAAUGGUUAAUGUUUCGUUCGAAAUUAUUUUCAUCAUCAUCAAAACGAUUAUUAUCAACAUCAUCAUCAUCAUCUGGAACAAUGAAUAAUGAUAAUAAUGGACAAAUUCGUCAGGUAAAAUUGGCUUCCGAUAAAAAUAAACAGAAACCUAAACCAAACCUAAAGGUGACAUUCGAAUUGGAUGAUGGCCGUGAAUUAAUUGGAAAAGCUUGUGAUGGUGAUACAUUAUUGGAUGUUGUAUUGAAUAAUGAAUUAGAUCUGGAUGGAUUUGGUGCAUGUGAAGGUACAUUAGCAUGUUCAACAUGUCAUCUAGUUUUCAAACAAAAUGAUUUUGAUCGUAUACCGAAUAAAAUUACCGAUGAAGAAAUGGAUAUGUUGGAUUUAGCAUAUGGCCUUACUGAAACAUCACGUCUUGGUUGUCAGAUUUAUAUGACAAAAGAAUUUGAUGGACUUCGUGUAAAAGUGCCACCAGCUGUUAAUGAUGUUCGUUUACGGUGAAUAAAAAACGAACAAACAAACAAACAAAUGGAUUGUUUACAAAUAAUAAUAAUUUAGAUUAAUGU